AUGCUGGGGUGGCUGCUGGCGGCACUGGUGGUGGGCGGCACCAUCACAGCCCAGAACUUCUCCUGCUGGAAGAAAUGCAACUCUCUCAACUCUUUCCACUGCUCCUGGUCACCUCUCGGCCCUGCUGGCAACACCUCCUACUCCCUGAAUCUCUGCUGGCAGCACAAAGGGUGUAGCCAUUUUGAUGCACACAAGAUGACAAACUACAAACUGCCACAUCACAAGCUGUACAUCUUAAACAAUGUUGUGGCCUGGGUAGAGGCAAGCUGGGAAGGCCACGUCCACAGGACCCCCAAUAUCACAUUUGUCUUCAACGAGGCCGAAAAACCAGAUCCACCUCCCUCACGGGUGCCCUUCUCCAAGACUGACGGCCAGCUGAGGCUGCGGGUGCCACGGCCACAGUGCCCUGGCAUGGACCAGCCAGCAGAGCGGGAGGCUCGAUCCUGGAGAGCAGGAGACAGCGGCUGGACACAAGUGGAAUGUAUGACCGUGAUGGUGAAAGAUGAAGAUGACUCAGUGAACUGUACCCUGAAGGGGAAUGGCACCUUUGUGGUCCAGCUACGGCAAAAGACCUGGAGCAGCUACUGGAGUGACUGGAGCAGUAACAUCUCUGUUCCUGAGGAAAUCCUGGAGAGCCCAGUGCUGAGCCACCAACUGGAAAAACUAGGAAGACAUGGGCAGCGGGUGCUGAGGCUGAGCUGGCAGGUACAGCAGCAUCUCUGGGGACCCUCCUGAGUGUCUCCCCCACCAUUUCAUCCCCCACACUGUCCACUCCCUCCCCAGCCAGUCCUCAAGGGACAAAGGGAUGUCAACUACACACUGCACGCCCACAUGCCAGCGUGUGGCUGUGCUGAGCUGGACGAGGAGGACGUUGUGGUGCUGGGGUGGGAGGUGAGGGAGUACAACCUCACCCUGUCUGGAGCUGAAUACGAAAUCCUGCUGAGGGCUGUCAAUGCCGCUGGGCCAGGGCCGGCGUCACAGCUCCACGUGCCGGCAGAGCAGCAUAGAGAUCUCAGCUUCAAGGAUGUCAGCGUGGCCGGUAGCACCGUGACGGCACAAUGGGAAGCACCAGUCCCGGGCGAGGCCUAUUGCUUCGAGCAGCAGGUCCUGGCAGAAGCCCCCCAACAGGGUGUCUGCGUCCAAGAGGAAUUCCCUGCCAAGAGCAUCCACGUGGAGAAAGGAGCACUGGGAGCGCCGGUGUGUCACCGCCUUGCUGUGCACGGCUGGGACCCGGAGCAGGGCUGGGCCACCUUCGCCCUGUGGCACCACUAUGCCAAUGACGGCUCGCUGGCCGUGCCCAUUGACAUCAGCAGCGGAGAUGCCGCCGUCGUCCUCCAGUGGAAACCAUCCCCCCGCGCCGCCUGUCCUGGGGUGCUGGCCAAGUACCUCAUCUGCCACAUGGCCGAGAGGGACAACAUGACCUACAGUGAAGCUGAUGCCACAGCAGUGAACUACACCCUCCAAAACCUCCAGCCCGGCACAGCCUACAGGGUGGGUGUUUGGGAAGUGACAAAGGACAGCGAGGGGACCUGCAGUGCUUGGAAGAAAUUCCAGACCAAGGCGUUAGGUCCUCAGGGAGCAGUGUGGAGAGCCAACCUGAAGUACCUGGGCAUCUCGCUCAGUGUCCCCGUCAUGGCUGCCAUCUACCACCUGACCAAAAAGAGGGCUCGCCACCUCCUCUUCCCACCUCUUCCUAAGCCCGUGGGCACCAAUGCCAUCCAGUUCUCUGCCGGCGAGAAGGGCCAGGGCCAGACCUGGAUAGGCCUCCUGGAGCCCUCGGAGAGGUUCAACCCAGCUGAGCUGCUGCUGACGGAGCUGAAUCCCAGCAAGGAGACAACUGACACCACCACACAGACUGAUGUGCCACAUCCCAGCGUGCCACAGCCCAAUGUGUCACAGCCCAGCGUGCCACAGUCCAGUGUGCCACAGCCCAAUGUGUCACAGCCCAGCGUGCCACAGUCCAGUGUGCCACAGCCCAAUGUGCCACAGCCCAGUCUUGUGAUGGAAAAGCCAGCGGAGGUGCUGGUGGUGUGUCCGCCAGGCUGUGAUGAGGAGAUGACCUUUGCCUACCGCAGGCAGGAGAUGCUGAGCCCAGUGGGAUUUCCACCGCCUGGCAGCACCAGUUGCACUGGGCACCCACCCAGCAAGGAGGAGGAGGAGGAGAAGGAGGAGGAGGGAAGGCAGGGGCUAUGCCAGCCGCUGAUCCCCAUUGCCCUGCUCAUCUCCAACAAAUCCAUCAUCAUCGGGGACCAGGAAGGAUGGAAUCCAUCACAGGAGAAGUUGGUGCCAUAGCCAUCACCAGGCUGGAGCAGCAGGGAUGGAUGGCAGGAACAGGGUGUCCAAUG